AAAUGAAAGGACAUUGAAGAAGAAAAAUUGCAAGAGAGAGAAAUUAGAGAGAGAAGUGUGUUUUUUCUGUGUGUGUGUGUUGGUUAGAAAAAGAAAGGAAAUAUUCUCUUUUGCUUUCAUGGUCUUUUUUUGGUGUUUUCUUUUUAAAUCACACAAACUUUUCUCCAGCUAAUCUCUCCUCUUCAGAAAUCUUAGCUGUGAUACAAAGCCAAGAAAACCUUCACGCAAGUUUGAAAUAAGUCUUAGGUUCUUUGUUUUUUCUUGGUGUUUUAAAGAUUCAAAAGUUAGUGUUUUUGUUUGUUGUUUGGCUUUACACUUAGCUUAUUCUUACUUUUGUUCUUUUGGAACAAUCUGAAACUUCUGAGAUUUGAAUAAUACCAAGUUUUUUUUUAUCUGUUUGUAUUUGGAAAAAAACUUAAACUCUUUGAGUUAGCUUUGUUUUUUAGCUCCACUGCUUCUUUAGUUGCCAAAAACAAAAACCCUUUAUAUCAAAUGAUGUCUGGUGAUGUUUUUUCAAUUCCUUCUUCUGUCAAAGGUGUAGCACUACCUCAUCAUCCUCAAGAUGUAUUACUUGAACCAAACCCUAACCCUAAAGCUAAUUCUUCUUCCAAGAAAAGAAGAAAUCUUCCAGGUACACCAGAUCCAGAUGCUGAAGUUAUUGCACUAUCACCAAAAACACUGAUGGCUACAAAUAGAUUUUUAUGUGAAAUCUGCAACAAAGGUUUUCAAAGGGACCAAAACUUGCAACUUCAUAGGAGAGGACACAAUCUACCAUGGAAAUUGAAGCAAAGGAAUAAACAAGAAAUAGUGAAGAAGAAAGUAUAUAUAUGUCCAGAAAAGAGUUGUGUACACAAUGAUCCUUCACGUGCACUUGGAGAUCUUACUGGUAUAAAGAAACAUUUCAGUAGAAAACAUGGUGAAAAAAAAUGGAAGUGUGAGAAGUGUUCAAAGAAGUAUGCAGUUCAGUCAGAUUGGAAAGCACAUACUAAAACUUGUGGUACUAGAGAGUAUAAAUGUGACUGUGGAACUCUUUUUUCCAGGAAAGAUAGUUUCAUUACACACAGAGCAUUUUGUGAUGCUUUAGCUGAAGAGAGUGCAAGAAUCACUUCAGUGGGAACAAACAACUUGAACUUCAACCAGCAACCCAAUUUAGUUGGUGGAAUUUCCCAAAUUGGGACAGGUUUUGCACAAGAUUUUAGUGGUAUGACAAGUGGGAGUUCUCUACAUCACCAGCAACAAAAGCCAAGAUUAUCACUUUGGUUAAAUCAAGUUAAUAAUAAUUCCCAACUCAAUAAUCCUCUUCACAUGUCAACACCAAGUUCAAAUCUUUUUGCUUCCUCCAGUUCAACUGGAAUACCAGAUCAUAUGGUCCAAAUGCAAUCUCCUAAUAAUGUCUUUGGUAAUCAAAUGCAAUGGGCAAUUGACAAGAAUACUGUAGCCACUACCCCUGCCACUUCAAUGUCUGAAACCUUAUCUUCUAUGUAUUCUGAUAAUCAAAAUCAACACCCAAAAUCUUCAACACCAAUGUCAGCUACUGCACUUCUUCAAAAAGCUGCCCAAAUAGGUUCUACCAAAAGCAACCCAACUUUCUUUACAAACACUUUUGGUGUAAUGAACUCUUCAUCUUCUUCCUCAAACACACAAAUGUUCAACACUUUGUCUCAAAACACAAGUGAAAUGCACCAAGUUUUUACCAAACAAUCAGAGGAUUACAACCCAACAGAUAAUGGUCUCAUUAAUGGGUGUCCAAAUAUGAGUUCAUCAGCUAAUACUAAAGCAAUCAAUUUCAAUCAGGCAUUAAUGCAAACAGGUGGCAUGCAAACUCAAGCUGUUUCGUUCAACUAUGAUAAUAGUCUGACCAGAGAUUUUCUGGGCAUGGGAAAUGAAGGGGGUCGUCCAUUUUUGCCGCAAGAGCUGGCUAAGUUUGCUUCAAUGACUUCAGCUAUGGGAUUAAGCCAUUACAGUAGCGGUCACUAGCAAUAUGUCUUUUCACUUAUCUUUUUUUUUUUUUGCAUCAGAAAAUACAAUAAUGUAAAAUGUGAACCUUAUCUUCAAGCUGGCUGGCUCAUCGUUUUUUUUU